UUUGGGUAAGCAUUAAUUAUUACUUUAACAUAAAGUUCUAAAUAUGUAAACACAUUUUACAUGGUGUUUUGAAAAUCCACCGAAUCGACAAAUUCACUCGCAGAAUGUGAACGCGUAUGUGGCGGUAACGUGCUCGCCCCCGAGUCACCGACUACGUCAUGACGUCUGUUUUCCGCCGCCUGUUGGUCUUUCACAGUUGGUAACAGGAAUCACGAAAAUGGCCUCGACCCUGCCCCUAUAUCAGAGUGAACGGGGGAGAUGACGGUGUUUAGCCUGUUUAGUACACGGAUCGCCCGAGUGAAACGUAGAUAAAACCUAAAGUGAGGAUAUACAAGGAGUCUCAUCGGCCAGGAACGGACUAACGGCAGACUACCGCAGGUUUCGUAGGUGUCCCCGGCCGCUAUGGAGGAUAUCAACUCCAACAUCAACGCGGACCUGGAGGUGCGGAAGCUACAAGACUUGGUGAAGAAACUCGAGCAGCAAAAUGAGCAGCUUCGGAGCCGGUCUACGUUGUUUUCUUCAACCGGAGGGGUGUCAGUGGCAAACCGGCCGCACAGCGCCGGAUACGACUCCAUGUCAGCCGGGCUUGCCGGGUUCCCUGGGGUGGGGUUCGGCGGAACGGGCGGCUACGGUGGGAUCUUGGAGAACUCUCGCUGUAUGAGCCCUAGACUCUCUUACGAUGGCAUCAGCUUCAGGAGAUCUUAUGCCGGGGAGGGGGCGACGGCGGCCACCUCCAUCUCGAGUAUGAACUCAUUUUACGCCGAUACCGCCGGCAGCUUUAAGGAUGAAUCGGACGACUCCAUUCUAGACGAAGUGGAAAUACUAGAUCUUGAAGAUAUGGACUGUUUGAACGAGGAGGAAGACAGCUGGCUGUACGAGGCGAAGCUGAACAGCCCGCUGCAGAAGGCCCUGAGCCCCAUGGUGUGGUGUCGCCAAGCCCUGGACCACCCCAGCCCUGACAUGGAGACCGCCAAGCGAUCCCUCAUACACAGACUGGAGCUCACCAUGUCAGGCCACAAGAGCAGGAGUCUGUACGGCAGCCCCUACACCCAGCAGAUGUGCUAUGGCAGCCCGUUCAGCACCAACACGGCCAACAGCGCCUGUAGCAGCGCCUUCAACUCCCCGUCCUCCACGCCCAGCAAAGUGCCCAUCGUGCGGCAGCAGCUGAUGCCUGGAAACACAGUUUACCAGCGCAACACGGCAGCGGAGAGGAACCCCCCGGCGGUGAGCCCCCAGUCAUCGGUGGACAGCGAGCUCAGCACCUCUGAGAUGGACGAGGACUCGGUGGGCUCCUCCAACACCUACAAGCUCAACGACGUCAUCGACGUCCAGAUCAUGGCCCGCAUGCAGGAGGAGAGUCUAAGGCAGGACUACGCGGCCACGGCCUCCAGGCGGAGCUCUGGCUCCUCCUGCCACUCGCUGCGGCGCAGCACCUUCAGUGACCAGGAGCUGGACGCCCACAGUCUGGACGACGAGGACGAGAUCCUCCCGCCCGCCUUCCACCCCCUCCCCAACCGCUUCAGCCCCUCGCCCCGCCACUCGCCGUGCGCCUCGCCCCGCAACUCGCCGCGCUCCCGCUCCCCGGCGCGCUCCAUCGACUACGGCCACUCCCGCAGCUCGCCGCAGCCCCUGAGCCACGGGCGAGGCUCCCCCCAGCCCAUCAUCAGCCGGCUGCAGCAGCCCCGCCACUCGCUGCAGAGCCACGGGGGCGAGCUGCAGACCAACGUGGUGAAGAACGAGGAGAAGCUGAGACGGAGCCUCCCCAACCUGAGCCGCUCCUCGGUACCAGCCGGCCCAGGUCCGGAGCCCGUCAAGAACAGCCGCAGUAUGGAGUCCAACCUGCAGACCCCCAACGGAGGGUCCCCACGCCACCAGAACCAGUCUGCUAUGGCCGGUACCCCAAGGUCCUCAACCCCGUCACGCGCCACUCCAAAAACCAAACAGCACCUCCAAAGCCCAUCAGCCCUGCGAGUCCCGUCCCCAAGUAAGCUCCGCUCCCCGGCCAUGCCCUCCCCGCUGGCCCUCAGACAGCCGGUGAAGGCCACGUCCAACCCCAGCUCCGGGAACUCCACCCCGGUCCGGUCCCUAGCACCCCCCCGCAGCGGCCUGCCCCGACCCAGCGCCACCUCGGGGGGCGGCGGAGGCAUCCCCCUGCCCAGAACCAAGCUGGCACAACCCGUACGCAGGUCUCUGCCCGCACCCCGCUCCUAUGGUAGUUCCGGAGAGAACUGGAGGGAAGGCUGUUACUGAAGCCUGCCACCAGAGUGUGCUGCACACCCCCCAUCCUGACCGAGGCAGGCGUAUCAACGUGGCACUUUAUCCAGAGUCCUCUAAGAGUCAAGAAGAAGAAGAGAAGACUUCACCCAGAUUCCUUUUAAAAAGUUAACAAGAGAAAGACUAUAAAUAUAGCUCACGACAACUCAAAAAACGAAGUGUCAAUUAUGUGUACUGAAAAGACAGCUGGCAUUCAGAGCACAUAGCAAGGGAAAUGCCAAAGAAAGCAGAGAAAAACAAAUCCUUCGCUGCCACCAGAAGAGGGCGCCCACGCCUUCCUCUGUGGCUGCAAUCAUCUCCCAGACUCCAGUCCAGCUGUCUCCAUCUCUCCCAUCCUCUUCUUCCUUUUCCCUCAGGUUUAAACGUUUUGAAUUUGCUCUCACUCUAGACUCUGUUCUGUUUGGAGAGGUCUGUGUAGGACUGAAGUUCCUCCAUGUCUCAGAGCUCCAUGGUUCCUCGUGUUUUGGCGGUGCUUCAAUCUCAGAGCAUACCUCUUAUAUCUGAAGGUCUGAGGGUGCUUCAGGUCUGGGAAACUGUCUGACAGGGGUUCAUUUGCUGAUGCUGUGUGCUCUUCAUAUCUGAAGGUGCUUCAAUGCUUGAGUUCAUCAAUCCAAAGGGUCUCAAUGGAUCUCAUGCCUUCAUGCUCUGAGCUACCUUAUCUCUCCAGUCGGAAAAUCAUUCAUGACCUAAAGCUGACAGCUCCGCCACUCAUCGUGUUCCUCAAUCCAAAUGGUCUGAAUGGCUCUCAUGUCUUUGUGAUGGGAAAUCUUUAGUAUCCUAAAGCUGAUAACUCUUCAAUUCUGAAAGGUCUGACGGUGCUUCAAUCAUGAAGCACCGUCUUUAGGUGGGGAGCCACCCUAUCUAAAAGGUCUGGAGGGGCUUCAUGUCUUAUUAAGGACCUCUGCAUCUGGUUCUAAGAGUUUCUCCUUAAAUUCAGCAUGAAUGUAAGCAGAUGCUUCUUUUAGAGAUUAUUUAUUCAAAUUAUUUAUGCAGUUUUUAUGUCCAAGCAUCCAUAUCAGUAUUUGUUUUAAGAUUCUUUAAAGCAUUAAGAAAUGUAUGUUUUUAAACCUCAACGUAAAGCUAACUCCCCAAAGCCAUGUCUUAGCGUGCGUCCAUUUUGAAGAGAACCUGGAAUGUUUGUUCAGCUGAGUCUUGGAUGACUUCACGCCACAAUUCUAUCCCAAACAACUAACUUUCUUCCUCCGAGUCUGAAACCCUGACCUGAUCUCUCCACCACUUCGGUAAAUGUGUAAUUAAUUAAUUAUAAUGUGGUGUUGUUAGCCUGCAGUGUGUAUCAUUCAUGCCGUGACAGAGGGAACAGUGUGUUCAGAAAAACUAAAUGUAAGAUUUUAAUAAAGUGGCCAUUGCCUCUUGUGCUUUAUAAAUCCAGAGGCUUGCCUAAAAAAAUAGGGAUGAUUAUUUGGUAAAUGGUGUGCCAGAUAUUAUCAAACUAGUGCCUAUAAUUUACAUUAUACUUUAUUUUAAAAGUGCUCGGCUUAUUUUGUGCCAAUUCUAUGAGUUUGCCAAUGAUUUGCAUUUGCUUGGUUAAUUUGUUUGCAUCUGUGUUUGGGUUUCUUAAGUAACUUAAUCAUUUAUAAUUGCUUUAAAAAAGUAUGUUAAAAACUGCGCCUUCAUAUUUAUAACUGAUGACAUAUGUAAAUGACUAUUUAUUAGUGUGAGGGUGCCUCUGUGGGAAAGAAUGUCACUAAAAGACGGCACCACACCUUUUGUGUGAUGGUAUUUGUUAUGGAACUUUUUUUACAUCCAUGAACAUGACAUUCACAUUCCCUGUGUGAACCCACAUUUCAAAUAAAGCUGAAAACCUCUUUUCUCCUCUUUUGCAUCAUUAAUAAAUUGAUCAGUAUGAACAGGAUUGCAACCCUGUGUCCAAAGUUGCAUUGUUUAAACGAAUAACAUUACAGAAUAGUAACCCAAUUUUUUUGAAGGAUUCUAUUAGGGCUCACAGGGUUCGCAUCAUUUCUGUAUGAGUAUGAGAACAUGUAUGAGUAGGGCUAUUAUCGUGACGGAAUUUGUGUCUGUCCUCCAUGACCACAUGCUCCAGAUAAGACUUUCAUGCUCCGCAACGACACAGAUUCAUGAAAGAGAGAGAACGGGCAGAGAACAAAAGUAGCGGCCACUCCAUCAUUACAGUCAGUGCGCCCACAUAAAGGUCACGUGUCUCUGUAAAGGUUCACCCACGACAAACAUCGCACCGCUGCUUCAUUUUCUCCCAGAGCAUCAUACAUAUAGUAGCAUCUAAAGAAACAGCGGUGUUUUAGUUUAGGUGCCGUCGUGUGUAGGCAAUAGCCUAGGGCCGGCUUAUGAAGUAUCCAGAUUACUAUUUUUCCAAUUUUCUCAAACGUUAUAUUACAUUUUAAAUAGGCCUACUCUAUUUGCAAUAACUUCUCUUCCUUUCCGUGCUGGUCAAAAUGCGAUAUGCGUGAGGGUAUCUGAAGCCAUAUGCUCUA